AUGCCGUCCCUGGAGCCCCGCCGUUGGUCGAGGGCGCGCUUCGAGGAGGAAGAUGACGAACAAACCUCCGGCUCCGACUCAUCCAAACGGCAGCGACGCGACAUGGACGGCACACAAUCGGAAGAGGAUGGAGAGAGCGACGACGAGACUGCCAAUCGGGAUGUUGCAGGACCCAGCGGACAGCGCAGGAACGGGCGCGCAUCUACGAGCGGGCAGGGUGCCCGUUCCGGAUCUGGAGAGUUUCAACCCGGUGCUAUCGUGCGAGUUCGAGUCGAAAACUUCGUGACCUACGAGCACGCAGAGUUCCUCCCAGGUCCCAACUUGAACAUGGUCAUCGGGCCCAACGGUACAGGCAAGAGUUCACUGGUCUGUGCUAUCUGUCUGGGCAUGGGCUAUCAUCCAAAGCAUCUUGGUCGGGCAAGCAAUGUCGGAGAGUUCGUGAAGCAUGGGAAGGAUACUGCCACCAUCGAAAUCGAACUGCAGAAGCGCCCGGAAGAAAAAUCCAACCACGUUAUGUGUGUGCAAAUCAAUAGAGAGGACAACAGCAGAAAAUGGUGGUUGAAUGGAAGAGAGAGCACACACAAGGCAGUACAAGAACUGACACGGAGUCUGCGCAUCCAGAUUGACAACCUCUGCCAAUUCUUGCCCCAAGACAAAGUCGCCGAGUUCGCUGGUCUGACCCCCGUCCAGCUCCUACACGAAACCCUACGAGCCGCUGCCCCUGAGAAGAUGGUCGCCUACCAGACCACGCUCAAGGAGCUCCAUAAAGAUCACAAGACUGUGAAGCAAGAAGUUGAUUCAUGCGUUGAGAUCCUGAAAGGACACGAAAACCGCCAGCAGGGUCUGCAGGGCGACGUCAAUAGACUCCGCGACAGAGAAGCCAUCCAGAAGCAGAUUCAGGAUCUUCAGGAUGCCCGCGCAGUCGCUGAAUACAACGAGGUCCGUAACAGACACAUCCAGGCAAAGGCCAAGAUGAAAAAGGCCCAGACUCGGCUUGCCCAGCUGCAAGAGGCCUCCCAGCCGGCAUUAGCGGCUGUCGAACAGAAACGGCAGUAUCAAGCGCAAAUCGAGCCCGUCGUCGCAGCGCGGAAGACCGCGCUUAAAGAAGCCGAGGCCGUAGGCGAACAGGCACGGCGAAGAAUUGAGGUGGAGGAAGAAAGCAUCAACCAUGUCCAAGCCAAGAAGAAGGCAGAGGACGCUUCGUUCGCGACCAAAAGGGCAAGCAUUGCGAAGAUACGUAAAACCAUCACUGACUUGGAGGCUCAACUGAAGAAUAAGCCUGACGAGUUCGUGGCAUCCGAAUGGAACGUGAAGAUCCGUCAAAAAGAGAGCAUCUUGACGGAGAACGAGUCACAGAAGCGCGAACUCAACAGCCAGUUCGAUGAACUGAAGAAGGCCAACGCGGGAAAGAAAGCCGACUUGGACAAGGCUCGUAACAAGCAGGAAGCGCUCGACUCCCAGCAGGGCCAGAAGCUAGCGCACUUGCGGCAUGUCCAUGCUGAUGCUGCCAAGGGCUGGGAGUGGCUCCAGGAUCACCAAGAUCAGUUCGAAAAGGAGGUUUUGGGCCCCCCAAUGCUUACCUGUUCUGUCACCGACAGUCGGUACUCAGACCUAAUACAGUCGCUUCUGAGCCAAGAUGACUUUACCUGCUUCAUUGCACAGACACGCAACGACCACAAGAAGCUCAGCGAUCAGUUCUACAAAGGGUUGAAACUGUCUGUCUCGAUCAGGACUUGUAUGAGCUCCUUUGCGUCAUUCAAACCUGCCAUCCCCGUGGCGCAAGCUCACGGAAUGGGCCUCGACGGAUAUGCUAUCGACUAUCUAGAAGGUCCUGAGCCUGUACUUGCCAUGCUAUGUGCGGAGAAGAAACUCCACGUAUCUGGAGUUGCUUCUCGCGACUUGGAUAACGCCCAGUACGAGAAGAUCGUGAGUGCGGAAAGAAUCCCGAGCUGGGCCGCCGGGCACACUUAUUACCGUGUCACUAGGCGCAGAGAGUACGGCACUGGCGCAAUGUCAACAACGACCAGGCGCAUCCAGCCAGGACGCUUCUGGACGGACCAACCCGUCGACAGCUCCGAAAAAGCCGCCAUACAAAAAGAAAUCAACGAGAUCACCGACGAGAUGGCCACACUGACGCAGGAGGGUCGAGAGAAAAAGAGUAAAUUAAAGGCCAUCAACGACAGCGAGGGUGAUGUCCUGCGAGAUAUUGAAAACUUGAGAAAGGAGAAGGCCGAGCUGCAGAGAGCUGCUACAGUCUAUGCCAACCUCGGACUCAAGAUCAGCAAUGAGAAGCAAGCCUUGGAAGAAACACUGACGGAAAUACAAGACUGCAGGAAGAGGGUAAUGAGGUGUACCGACGAGGAAGACCAGCGUACCGUUGCGAAGACACGACUGGUGCUGCAGCACAAAGAGACGCUCUCGACCAUGCGUGAUGCCCACCAGGCACUGCUCGAGGCUCAGAUCCGCCUCGUAGAAGCCAAGUCGGACGUGCAAGGGCUAAAAGACCGCAAUGCUGACAUUGUGCAACGCCUUGAAGACGAGAAAGCUGGAGUCGAGCGUACAAAGGCCGACAUAGACAGCAUGAAACGCGAAGCUACCAUGGCCAAGCAGAAAGUUGUGGAAAUCGUUAACGAGGAUGAAGCCAAGCUGCCAUAUCUGAAUCAAAUGGCCGAUGGGAAAACGACCGAAGACCUCGAUAAUGACAUCGGUGCCGAGCAGAGCAAGCUCGAGCUGAUCCACGCUGUCGACCCCAUCGUGCUGCAACAGUUCGAAAAACGCGCCAAGGACAUUCGAAAUCUCACGCAGCAAAAGGACGAGAAGACGGCCAAACUCGACUCGAUGACACGCAAGAUCGAGACCCUCAUGCAGAAGUGGGAACCAGUACUCGAUGAAGUCGUGUCCAAGAUCAACGACGCGUUUGGGUACAACUUCGAGCAGAUCAAUUGCGCAGGUGAAGUCGGCAUCCACAAGGACGAGGACUUUGAGCAGUGGUCCAUCGUCAUCAAGGUCAAGUUCCGCGAGAAUGAGACCCUCCAGCAGCUCAACCAGCACCGGCAGUCGGGCGGCGAGCGCGCCGUGUCCACCAUCUUCUACCUGAUGGCGCUGCAGAGCAUGGCGCAGGCGCCCUUCCGCGUCGUCGACGAGAUCAACCAGGGCAUGGACCCGCGCAACGAGCGCAUGGUCCACGAGCGCAUGGUCGAGAUCGCCUGCCGCGAGCACACCAGCCAGUACUUCCUCAUCACCCCAAAACUACUCACGGGGCUGCGCUACGACGAGCGCAUGCGCGUCCUGUGCAUCGCCUCGGGCGAGCACAUGCCCCCCGAGGGCCGCAAGCUCGAAUUCCGCAAGCUCGUGCGCAUCCGCCGUGCCAUCGGAGCUGCUGCUUAG